GCGGAGGAAGUGCAACAUGCCACCAAAGGCCUCGAAGGCUGGUAGUAAAAAGCUCGCAAAAGAAAUCGCUAGACGGGAUGCCGUCCGUAAAACGUUCUCCACAUUCUUUGCGACACAGUACGGAGAGGAGAGAUGGCAACAUUUAUUACAAGCCCUUGAAGGAGAGCAACGCUACUGUUGCCUGGUGAACCGUUUCGCGGACCCGCAAGACGUUGUACAGGCAUUACUACCAGUAGCAGAGCGCCUGGUCCUCUCGCCUUACUUUCCGAACCCUUAUGAUGCAUCCCUCUCUCUUCGCUGCUUUACUACUGACCCUUCCGUAGCCGCUGAUCCUUCCACCGCCCCCAUAAAUCGCCCAGGACCGUUUCCGCCACCUGCCCGCGACCUCAAGAACCUUUCAACCUAUUACUUAUUGGAUUUGUCGUCCCUGCUUGCCACACAGGCGCUAGACAUUGCACCCGACCACCGUGUUCUGGAUACCUGUUCGGCACCGGGCGGGAAGUCCCUGGCUAUUUUGCAACGACUUGGCGAAAAAGGACGCUUGCACGUGAAUGAACCUAACGGGGAGCGGAGGAAACAUUUACGGAGAGUCUUGGAUGAGUAUUGUCCCAAGGGAAUGGUUGGUGAUGCGAUGCAGCCAGGGCGUGUGAGUGUUAGCGGGGUAGAUGUGAGCAGACGUGGAGCAAGCGAGGAAUUUCCUGGUGGUAUGGGGAGCUUUGACAGAGUUCUUGUGGAUGCGCCUUGCUCAAGCGAACGGCAUCUUCUACACUCACCGAAUGACUUGUCACAAUGGACCCCCACACACACGAAAACGAUGUCAAAGAAACAGAGAUUAAUCCUCGCUGAAGCUCUGCGAGCAUGCAAAGUCGGCGGGAAAGUUGUAUAUGCAACGUGCUCGCUUUCUGAUGCCGAAAAUGACUGCGUGGUAGAGUGGGCGAGAGAUAAAUUCAAUGGCGCCGAGAUUGUAGUGGAAGAGAAAAAUGGGGGUUGGGGAAUAGGGGAGAAAACUCGAUGCGGUUGGAUGGUCCUGCCUGAUAAAGAAGGAGGCUGGGGACCUUUGUAUUUUGCAGUGCUUCGAAAGGACGGAGAGGGUGGGAAGGGGAGAGGUAGAGAUGAAGAUUUCGAUUGAAAGAUCCAUCAACAUGUUAGCUUAUUCGCUGCUUCCGCAUUGUCAAAUAAUCACGAUAACCAUAGUACACGCAUUUCAAAUUCUGUACAAAGAAAACAAUAUUAAAUAAGAG